AUGGGCAACUGGCUGGUCAACCACUGGUUCUCGGCCGCCGUCCUCGUGACAUGGCUGGGCAUCAACGUCUUCCUCUUCACGUACUACUUUCUGUUCUUCGACCAGGAUGAGCGGUACUUCUACACCAGGGCCAUCCUUGGGUCUGCCUUGGCGUGGGCCCGGGCAUCGGCCAAGUGCCUCAACUUCAACAGCAUGCUGAUCCUGCUGCCCGUCUGCCGCAACCUGCUCUCCUUCCUCCGUGGGACCUGCUCGUGCUGCAGGCGAACGCUGCGGAAGCAGCUCGACCACAACCUCACCUUCCACAAGCUGGUGGCCUACGCGCUGGCCCUGUUCACAGCCGUGCACACCAUCGCCCACCUCUUCAACCUGGAGCGCUACAAUGACAGCCAGCAAGCCACCGACGGCAGCCUCGCUGCCGUCCUCUCCAAGAUGCACCUGCAGAACAGCAACAAGUGGCUGAACCCCAUCCACUCCAACCAGACGACCGUUGAGUACGUGGCCUUCACCACCAUCCCGGGGCUGACCGGGGUCAUCAUCACACUGGCGCUCAUCCUCAUGGUCACGUCCUCCACCGAGUUCAUCCGUAGGAACUACUUUGAGGUCUUCUGGUACACGCACCACCUCUUCAUCAUCUACUUUGCUGGCCUCGUCAUCCACGGCAUCGCCGGGCUGGUGCGCGGGCAGACAGAGGACAGCAUGGAGGAGGUGCACCCGCGGCGCUGUGCCGAGUACCUGGUGCACAAUCACGAGGAGUGCAGGCACGAGUGCUGCAAAAACCCCGAGUUCAGCAGCAUCCCUGCGGAGUCCUGGAAAUGGGUUCUGGCCCCCGUCCUCCUCUACAUAUUUGAACGGAUCCUGCGGGUCUGGCGUGCACGGCAGAAGGUGGUCGUCACCAAGGCGGUCAUGCACCCUGCCAGAGUGCUGGAGCUGCAGAUGCAGAAGAAGGGCUUCCGCAUGGAGGUGGGACAGUACAUCUUCGUCAACUGCCCCGCCAUCUCCCUCCUGGAGUGGCACCCCUUCACCCUCACCUCGGCGCCCGAGGAGGACUUCUUCUCCAUCCACAUCCGGGCAGCCGGGGACUGGACGGAGCGCAUCAUUGACACCUUCCAGCAGCAGAAGCCGGAGAUGCCCAGGAUUGAGGUGGACGGCCCCUUCGGCACGGCCAGUGAAGACGUGUUCCGGUACGAGGUGGCCAUGCUGGUGGGAGCAGGCAUCGGUGUCACCCCCUUCGCCUCCAUCCUGAAGUCCAUCUGGUACAAGUUCCAGCAGGCUGACCAGACCCUCAAGACCAAGAAGGCCAACAACGCGGCGCUCCACUACGACACUGCCACGGACACGGUGACGGGCCUGAGACACAAAACCAUCUUUGGGCGGCCCAUGUGGAACACCGAGUUUUCAGCAGUGGCCACGGCCCACCCCAGGUCGGUGGUCGGUGUCUUCCUGUGCGGGCCAGGGGCAUUGGCAAAGGACCUGCAGAAGUUCUGUCACCAGCACUCCAGCCUGGACCCCAGAAAGGUCAAAUUCUACUUCAACAAGGAGAACUUCUAAGUGGGAGCCAGGCUGGGACCGCAGCCGUUGGAGAACGGACAGCCUGCUGCUCUCGCAUCUCUUUUUGGAGCAAGUCUGCCUGACCAGGGACGAGCAUCAGCUG